CUCUAGCAAAGGACAGCUUCUCUGGCUUCUUCCCGAGUUUCCAUUUUGGACGACGAGACGAGAGCGAGAGAUCCAUUUGUCAUUGUUUGUCAACCAGAGCAACCAGAGCCUUCCUCCUUUGUCUUUCGUCGAUCCUUGGCUACAAUCAUGUCAUUCUUCUCAAUGUUCAAUCCAUUCGCGUUUCUUUACCGCCAGCAGCGACGGAAUUCUCUCCAUUCAGGGGGAGUGCCUCUUGAUGUGAUUGAUGGUGUGGUGGAGCUGCGCACACUGGAUCUGGAGAUGCAAAGUUUGGAAUAUGAAAACUUUCUAGUGUGUCUUCCAAGCUUGAUUGCUGCCUCGCCUGAGCUUGAAACAAUCAACUUCGACAGCGCCUUGGUUUCUACUUUUAGUGGUUUGCCGCAUCUAAAUCUCCGUCAUUUGGUUCAGGAUGCCAUCGCAUCGGCAUGUCCAACACUCAAGAGAAUGCAUUGCAGACUCUUGGACCCUUCCGAUGCUGACUUGCUUGCAUUGUUCAUUUCCCAGUGCAAAAGCCUCGAGCGACUCAGCCUUGUUUACACAGACGAUCCGGGCAUCGACUAUUUUGAUGAACGAGACUUCGUAUUUUACGAACGAGAUCCAUUCCUAAAAGAUCCAAACAACUAUUUUGAACCUAUCAAGCGGGCGAUUCGAGAUCACCCAAUGCUUAAAAGCUUCGUUUUACUUGGAGAGGAAGGUGGGCAAGGAAAUUGCUCCCUGGAUGUGCCAAAGUUGAUCUUGGAUUUACCACACCUUGAAUCCAUUGAAUUCAAAAGACUAAACUUCCCUGAUGACGACUGCGAGUACUGGGAGCGCAUCACAGCUGCUGUUGAGGCCCAUGACAACUUGAAGAGCUUUGGAAUAGAGGCCGAGUCUAUGAGAAACAAACAAAAAGGAUUCUUUAGUGAUCAUCUUCAUGAUCGCAUCGUCAACAAGCUGGCCAUCAAUCGGGCGAAAGCCAUGCUAUUUCGAAAUUGGGUGGUGACCUUGACGGCAUUCCGCCAUAACCCAGCUGUUGUGGAUUAUCUCAUUGACAGUGGCGUUCCUGGUGGUGGUGGUGCCAUUUUGUGGGCUGAGGCUGUCUUGCAAGGUCUGAAGGCUCCAGAAGAGACUCGAGAAGAGACUCGAGAAGAGAAAGAAGAAAAGCAAAUCCAGCGCCACAAGAAAGAAGAAAAGGCCGCAAUCAGAAAAGAACCGACAAAGACAAUCUUCUGGACACGGCAUGUCCCCAUUGAUCAACUUAUUGAUUUUGAGGAUUGUUGUACAUUUGCCCACAAAGACGACUGAUCACAUAUUUCAUAGCAGCACCAUCAAUACCCCACACCACCAAGCAGCAUAUUGGCAUUGGCAUGAAUGCAUGCAUCCAUACCCGACACAUGAGCAGCAGAUAGCAAGAAGGAAACAACUGAUUGUUCUAGCAGAGCAGCCAAAAGCCAACCUAUGUCUUUAGCAUCAACCAUCAAUAGACAAAGACUAAUCAUUUCGGGACAUUAUUAUUGCU